GCACAACAGUGCUGUAUGUGUUCCUGGCCCACGUGAAGGCAGUGCUGCAUGUAAACAAGACGCUGACAAGCCCUUCAUGCAAACUGCACCUACUAUCACGAAGAAGAAGAAGAGGUUGCUACCAGCAUAUGUAUCCUGCCUUCUUGCAUCUCCAGGAACAAGACUACGGGAGAAGCCACCUAAUUAGAGCGAAGACGCAAAGUGUGAACAAGAGAGCAUAUAAGGUCAUAAUAAUAGACUUGAUCACAUCACAGAAGACACACGUGUGGUUUCUUUUCAUAUAAACAAGAAUAAGAAAUAUUUUAUUUUUUAUUUUUGUUUAUGAAAAGCAAGAUGACGGAUUUCGGGAGUGGAGAAGACAGUGGAAAUGAGGUGUCUAGCUCGGAGGAGAAUAUGAUGAGUGGCAGUGAUACCUCUGAAAAAGGUGGAGAUGAGAGUGAUAGUGAGGAUGAAUGUGAUGAUGGGUUUAGUGAUGAAGAGGAAAAAACAGGUCAAAACAGCAAGAGGAAACAUCCCAACCAGGGUGGGAAACAAGUAAAGUCUGCAAAGGUGGAGAGAAAAAAGGAGAGUUUAUACCGACUACCAACAAUGGACGAGUUGAACACUCUUAGGGAAACUCAAUUGCUUUAUCAUUCUAAUCUGUUCCGGAUGCAGAUGGAAGAAUUGCUGGCCGAGGUCAGCAUGAAGGACAAACACCGUCAGCAGCUGGAUCAAUGGUUUGCCCAGUUCUCAGCAUACCUUAAAGCUAUGCCAGCAUCAUCAGAAUACCAGCUUGGUCAAACAAAGUGGAUGGAUGAGAAAGGCAUUUGUGAUCCAUUGGCGAAGGAUAUGCCGGAAGCCAGAGGAACGUUCCUGUUUGCUGCCCCCACGAGUGUACAAUUCGUUGGCUCCCUUGCUUCAGGCACAAUAACAACACAAAAUUCCAGUGUUGAUGUUAUGAUCACCCUUCCAAAAGAAUGUGUACAUGCUGCUGAUUGGCAGAAUGGAAGGUGGCUGGUGAAGCGAAUCAGGUACUUAGCAUGGAUAGCAGCCGACUUGCAAGACAAAACAGACCUUGUUGCAAACUUAAAUUGGACUACACACCUGGGAAGCUCAGUGAGACCAGUGCUGCAGAUUACACCUAGUGGGAAAAUUGGACAAAAGUGGAAGGUGAAUCUAUUUCCUGUGCCACCACCCGAGAGUUUUAAAGUCAGGCGAUUUUCACCAGAGAGAAGUAAUCUUCAGCCAAGAUGGUUUUUUUCAGAAGAAGCAAAAGUUGAGGAGAACCCAUCAACUCCACAUUACAAUUGGGCAUGUGCAGUGGAUGUAGUUAUGUUGGAACAUUUUCAUCUUGUGAGGGAUUGUGUGAGCCAACAUACCAACCUCAUGCAAGGCAUCAAACUGAUUAAGAUUUGGUUAGCUCAGAGAGACCUAGACAAGGGUGUGGGAAGCUUUUCUGGCCACAUGGUUACAUUACUCGUGGUACAUCUUCUGCAAGCUCGCAAAAUUAAGCCACAGAUGUCUGCAUAUCAGGUGUUCCGAGAUGUUGUUGUGGCUCUUAGUUCUGAAAAUUGGUGUGAGAGUGGGCCCAACAUGUGUACAUCACCUCCAAUAGAUGGCCCUACACCAGAGACUUUUCAUAAGUUGUAUGAAGUGGUGUUUAUUGACCCUUCAGGCAGGGUUAAUUUGGCAGCCAAAUUUAUAAUGGCUGAUUAUCUAAGGAUUAAACAUGAAGCUCAGCUAGCAUUGUCAUUCCUCGAUUCCUCAGCUUCAGAUAGCUUUGAAUCUCUUUUCAUCAAGAAGGUGGAAAUAAUCCAACUAAGUGAUCAAGUUUUACGCAUUCGGUUUGAUAAAGCACAUGCAAAGACUUUACUUUGUACAAGGACGAACUAUCAGGAACUCCUCAUGGAUACCUUGGGUGACAUGCACAGAUUGGCUUUGUCGUCCAUUCUACAGAUGUUGCGUGAAGGUCUUGGCGAGAGAGCAGAACUGCUGGUGCCUAUGAGAGAACCUCAAUCAAUGUGGCUUGUAGAGCAACCUCCCCCACAACUUGAUGAAAAUUUGGUUGUUGGUCUUGUGCUAAACCCAGUUUCAGCUUGGGCACUAUUGACAAAGGGACCACCAGCAGAUGAUCCUAAGGCAGAAAAUUUCAAAACAUUUUGGGGCUCGAAAUGUUCCCUUCGCAGAUUUCAAGAUGGAAGUUUCCAUGAAGCUGUUCUUUGGGGAACACCAGACCAGUCCAUGGGUAAACGUCGCCUUAUUCCAGGAAAAAUUUGCAGAUACAUCUUAAACCUUCAUUGUAUGACAAGCAAAAAAUGUGUUUAUUAUAUUGCUAACCAAUUGGAGCGCUCUCUUCAUCAUCCUCAUUAUAUGCUGAAAUACAAUUAUGCAACAGGGGAGGAAGCAACAGUAUCUGCUAUACAAGCAUUUGAUUCAUUAUCUCGGAAGCUUCGCUCUCUUGACCUACCUCUGAAGAUAGCCGCAGUUCAGCCAACUUCAGACGUAAGCAGGCACGCACGGGUGUUUCCACCCGUUGCAAAGGCAGUGAAACCCACUGGGAAGGCAGUAGAAGCAAGAGAUAAUCAUCUUCAAUUUUCUGAAAAUGGAGGCAACUGGCAGACCUUUAAUUAUGCCAUGGAAGUCAAUGUCUUCCUAGAAAUAAGUGGAAAGUGGCCAGAUGACCUGCAGGCAAUCCAAGCUAUUAAAGCAGAGUUUCAUAGUAAAAUGUCUGACCUGCUCCAACAAGACAGCAUCACGACUGUGGUCUUUCCUAAAUACCUCCAGAUACUUUGGGAGGGCUACGUCUUCCGUGUCCGUGUAUGCUAUUUGAGAGAGAUCUAUGUACAGCGUCUAGUGGAGACACCAGAGGGGGACUGGCGGGAGCAGGACACUGCUGCUGCCAUACAACUGGAGAAGCAGAUCGAGAUCAUUCCUAGAUUCACAACAGCAUUGGCUAGUAUUCAAGCAGAUUACCCAAGUUUCAGUGGAGGGGUUCGGUUAUGUAAGCGAUGGUUGGGGUCCCAACUACUUUUGCCACAUCUACCUCAUACAGCGGUGGAACUGCUGGUGGCUUACCUGUUCCUAAACGCAGCUCCUUAUGCUCCUCCGAGCACGCCACAUGUAACUCUGCUCAGGUUCCUCCAGCUCCUGGCACUCACUGAUUGGAAAGUGACACCAAUCCUUGUUAAUCUUAAUGAAGCUUUUACAGUGGAUGACGUGGCAGAGCUCAAUCGGCGUUUCCUCUCACAACGUUCCACUUUGCCUCACAUGUUUAUUGUCAGUCCGUAUGAAUUACGUUCUGUAUCAAGCACUGAAACAUCUGCUGACUUGGAUCACCGAUAUAAACUAGCUUCCAUGUGGACUAAAACCUUCCCAUCAGUACAAAUCUUAUAUCGAAGUAAACAGUUAGCUGAAGCUGCCCUUGGAUAUCUGGAUAACAACUUAUUGAAAGGUUUCUUGAAUUUUAAGAUGAUUUUCCUGCCUUCAUCUGAUGACUAUGACGUUGUUAUCCACUUGAACUCUAAGCAUCUGUGCCGUCACGAGGAAUCCAUUAGAAACUCUUCAUUCAUCCCAAAGAAUAUCAAACCCUAUGAGUAUCAUUCCAGUGAAAUAAUGCCUAUUGUGAUGUUUGAUGCACCUUUUCUGUAUUUAAAAGAACUAAGGGAUACAUAUAAUCACGUGGCAUUGUUCUUCUAUGACGAGCAUGGCGGGAAGUUCAUUGGUGUUGUUUGGAAGCCACAGGCCCUUGUUCUGCAGGAACUGAAGGUGGGUGGACUGGAGGGGCAUCAGUUGGUGGGUGUGAAGGAGGUGAAGCAAGUGGCCAAUAUUGAAGCCAUUCUUGAUGACUUCCAAACUCUUGGUGCUGAUCUUGUUAAAAAAGUUACUGUAAAGAACAAAUAAAAACUAAUGAUAAUGUUUGGAAUCAUUUAAAAUGAUUUACAUUUAUGUAAAUUAUUUUAAUCAGUAAAAGUUGGAAUUGGUACAAGAUUCCAACAUUGAAAUUAUUAAUUAUUUUAAAAUGAGCCAAACAAAUUUAUUAAAGUAUUUCAUAGGAUUUCGAAUUAUGUACAGUGUUAAUAAAAUAUUUGCCUUAA